AUGGCCCGACCGACCUCGCGAUUGUUUCUUGUUGUUGGCCUUGGCUUUUUCCUUAUCCUCACGCUUACAUUCCUGAGGCAAAGCGCCCCAUUGUCUCCCGCCACCCGUGCCCCAGGCCAUUUCGAUAGAACAAUCCCGAAUGUAGAGAUUACGGACAAGAUGUUGCAGGGGCCGGUUGUGAUGGAGAAGAUGGGAAAUGAGACUGCGAAGGUGGAGCUGGGCCGUGCAGCCUGGAAAGUGUUUCAUACCAUGAUGGCUCAAUUUCCAGACAAGCCUUCAAGCGAACAGCAGGAAACGCUGCGAUCAUAUAUAUAUCUGUUUUCAAGAUUGUAUCCCUGCGGCGAAUGCGCGUCUCAUUUCCAAACCCAUUUGGCGAAAUUCCCACCGCAAGUGUCUUCGCGCUCCUCUGCUGCUGCCUGGGCAUGUCAUGUCCAUAAUGAAGUGAACAAAAUGCUACACAAAGAUAUCUUCGACUGUAGCAAGAUCGGGGAUUUCUACGACUGUGGCUGUGCGCAUGACGAUGAGGACGAUAACAAAGGGGGGAAGGACAGAGAAGGGAAACAAAAGGGGCUCAAAAACACUGCAGCUAGUGCUGGUGGCUCUGUUUCCGGCAAAGUGAUGGAAAGCAGUUCGAAGAAGAUACUGCCGCAGAACGAGAGGGAAAGUAGGAUUAGUAGUUCUUUUACACCAGUAAAAAUUAAUAUAGAACCGUAA